AUGUCAAACACAACCGAACCCACACUCAGCCCAUCCUAUCAGUCUGACAGCUCUCAGAACCUGACUUCACCUGCAGUCACCCAGAUGAACAUCAUCACAACAUCCCCAGGUUCCUACAACGUCACCAUGAUCAAGUUUGGCCUUCAGAUUGAGAUGAAUGACACGAUUUUCAAGGAAUACAACAUUUCAGUAAAUGAUGGAAACAAUUUCAAAAAUCAGUCCUGUGAUCAAAGUUCAACCUGUAACAUCACAGGUCUGAAGCCCUGUACUGAUUAUACAGUCAUUGUCAACGCUCUUUGGAAUGAUGCAGAAAUAUCCUGUCAGAAUUCUGAAAAUAAAGUGACCACAGAAUCUGCAGCUCCUGAUGACAUUAAAGUCAGCAAACACCGCCCUGGACAUGUUUGUUACCAAAGUGAUUGGGACAUCAGCAAUUCUCAGUCAACACCAGACAGAAAUAAGAUUGAGAUUUCUGAUGGAUCUGUCUGUUUUAAACUGAAGGAGGAGGACUUUUGCUCAAGUUUCACUGUGGAUUUCAACUCAGAAAGCUGUGAAACAGUUAAAAUCACCAAAGACAUCACAAUCGAUUUCAUAGAUCCACCUGAGAUAGAUCAGCCCAAACCCACAAAACAUCCCGUAAGGAUUGAGCCAAAGUUACCUCCAAACUGUAAAAAUCUGAUGGUUGAGUACACCUGUUCAGAAACCAGACCUCCUGGAAAACAAAUGAAUCUGUCUGUUCUGGAGCCCUACACUGACUACAGCUGCACUGGAGAGAUCAAGAAUGAAACCUUUGUUUUUAUCAGAACUCCACCUGUCAUCUUUAACAUUGACUGUGGUUUUCAUAUCGAUGGAAGAAGCACAUCAGACAACACUUCUAUUCAACUGGACUGGACAUCAACUAAUAGGAGCUGUGGUGUUGAUCUCCCAAAACUUUCUUAUAUCUGCAGCUGUGACACAAAGAAAGACAUAAAAUCAAGAGUUGAACCAUGUGUGUUUACUGGACUGGAACCGUACACUGAUUAUACUUGUGAAGUUCAUCCCACUUACAACAAUGAGAAAGUUAAUCAAGGAUGGAAAAAAACAGUGAAAACAAAGGCUGGAGUCCCAACAAAAGUUCAGAAUUUGAGACUGACGGUUCCAGAGAAUAACGUCAUUGAUGUAAAGUGUGAUGAGCCAAAAAAGUUGCAUGGACCAAAGGGGAGGUACAAAGCACGUCUCCAUGAUCCUAAUGGUCCUGUAAAGGAGGAAAAGAACUUCUAUUGUGACUUCACAUUCAAAGAUUUAAGUUACUCCACAACCUACAGAGUAGAGGUGACUGUCUACAAUGGAUUCCAUGAGAGCCCCGAUGUGAUUGAAAACAUUAACACUUCCUGUAUGUGUCUUUGUUGACCACACUGUUAUUUGUGUGUUCACUCACUCUAUACAAACUAAUUUCUACUAAUUUUCAACCCAAAAUAUUGUUAAUAAAAGGACAAUGUUUUUUUUUUGUGUUUUCC